AUGGCGCAGCCAUUCGUCUCUCGUUUCGCACCCGCCCCUUCGGCCCUGGACGGCUCUACCAAAGCUGCCGAAUUCUACCGAGCGCAGUUCAUGACCUCCCUUGGGCCCGCUCUGGUCAAAGGAGAAAUCUGGACUGCGAGGCGGAAGAGCGAUAAUGCGGUUGUGGGACUGGCGAUCUGGUCACUCCCUGGACAUACUAUGAGCGAUACACCGGAGCAGAAGCAAUACGCAGAGACAUACGAGCGCCUCAUAUCGGCAGACUCGCCAAAUCAAAAAGCAGAAGCGGACGUGAAAAAGAAAAUCAAGGCCGAACGGGACCUCGCAUACCCCGAUCUCUGGCGUAACACAUCACACCUCCAUAUCCUCGUCACUCUCCCUUCGAGCCGGGGGACGGGUACAGGCGGCGCGCUACUCGCUGAAUUUGUGCGGCACGCACGGGAGGGAGGGCAGGGGAUGAGCCUCUCCACGCCUACAGAGUCAAAUAGACGGUUCUACGAGCGGAAAGGCUUCAAGACGAUCUGGGAGCGGGAGGUGUUCUAUCCCGAUGGGAAGAGGGAGCCAUACAUCGUCAUGGCGCAGGAUAUGGAGGGAUAA